AGUAUCGCUCCCUCCACGAGCCGAAGUUCCAGUUGACUUGAGACCUUCAACUGUACAUUUGAAUUAGGUAGAUCACAGCAGGAGGGGAGCGAGAGGCCCGUGUGACGUCAACUCUGCGCCAUGUAUCUGGGCUUCCCCUAAAAUCGUUGUUGCUUAUGGCCGUGGUGAUCCUAGGAGCGGACUGCCACAACCAGCUGUAGACCGGUAGGAACCUGCAAUCAGAUUUGGGUAGGCGGGUUUAAGGAGCCGGCGUUGCUGGACGCUUUUGUUGGGUCUCAGAGCAUCCAUCAGGCGGGAUACAGCUUAGGGCCGAACCGGAGCAAUGGGAUCCAGGGAUGGACAGCGGCCAGUCGGCAGGUCCCCUUCAGUCGAUGAUCUGUUCGCUCCCAUGCUGCAGAUGCAGAUGCAGGGAGAUGAGGAGGACAGGAAACCAGGGCUGCAUCUGCCUGAUUAUCCUCUGCCAGGUUCAGGAGGACCACGGCCAUCAGGUGGCAACUACAGCAGCAUCCCGCCCAACACCUCUCCCCGCCCCUCUGCGGCCGACAAUGCCAGUUCCCUGAUGCCCCCCCCCAGCACCAGCCGCUACACUUCAGCCGCUGGGCCCCCUCCCCCCCAGGACAGCGGCCAGUUCCGGGACGCAAAGUCUCCUCAAGCCGGUGAGAUCACGGCUGCUGGGGAGCACCCGCGCAAAGUGGCGGAGGGCCUGCACGACGGCCGGUUGUCCAACCCGACAUCGGAUGAUGACGGAGGGUUGGGCCAGGAGGGAUCCGAUGAGCGGAAGCAGAAGAGGAUGCUGUCCAACAGGGAGUCGGCGCGCAGGUCCAGGAUGAGGAAGCAGCAGCAUCUCGAUGAGCUCAAGGCACAGGUGGCGCAAUUGCGCGCAGAGAACCACCACAUGGCCCAGAAGUACAGCAUCGCCGCUCGGCACUACGCGCAGCUGAACGAGGAGAACCGCAUGCUGCGGCACCACGCCGUUGACCUCAGCAGGACGCUCCACAGACUCGAGGCCGUCGCACGCCCAGGAAUUGGCGGAAUGGGAGGCGGGGGCUACCCUCAUCCGAGAUGAAAAGGCUUGGGGAGGGGGUGUGGGGUGGGUUUUGGAAUGUGAAUUUUGAGGUUAGCCGAGCUUCUCUGGGGGUGUGUACAGCAGAAGCCUUUGUACGUUGGGAGGUAGCGGCGGAGGAAUAAGUGCGCGACGGAGGAGCCAUCUCUGAGUGUCUCUGUGUUUCUCACCAACAGAAUAAAGCAGCCGAAAGAAACGCGGCUGUGGUGUGAUGGGGAGCAGGGAAUCUUUGUUCGUAAGCCAGGUUGGUCCAGGUCAUACUGGACUGAUGGGAAGCCACUGGCAGCUUCUUCAGAGAGUGUUAGAAAUGCAUACCACGAGCAGCAAGGCCGGUGUAGAUGCUUGUAUCCAAGGCUGGGCCAUCCUGCAAGUGAGUCUGGGAGGUUUUCGAGAAGAGAUGCUUUGCGUAGGGGCAAGCAGCAGUAACGUAAUGGUUUUUGCUUAUACACAACGACUAGUAUGCACGUAAUGACUCGAGGACGUACUUAGAUUAGAGAGGAAGCGAACCGCUUGUUGGCAAGUCCGCUGAUCCAAGCAGCAGCAAUCGAUGGUGCACCAGCUUUUCCAGCUUCUUCCGUAGCUUGUACAGCCUUGAAGAUGGAACCGUCUUGAGAGCAGCGAGUGCCAACUUGCUGGGUGAGAAGCCGCAACCAAGCAGUCUUAUACUAGUCAAAUGUACGUUUCAAAUACUCCUUUCAAAAUCUUGACAUGUGUUAAUAGAACAUCGGCCUUAUCCAAGAAGCUGCAAUCUUCGACUUCCUGAUGUGAAUCUCGG